UCAUUUUUCAGUUUUCGUUUUUGUUAUUUGUUCGAAAUGGACCUGGACCUCCUUUCCAGUAAGGAGUCGUUGGACAAGUGCGUGGAGUUUGACCUGCCCCCGGUCGCGGUGGGCGACAGCACCCGCGGAUGCAUCAUCCGUAACCAGCGCGUUGCCAUUUCGGGCACGUUCCAGAGCAAACCGAAGGCUGCUGCUUCGGCCAAGAAGAACGCGACUCCUGGGCGUGGCACCACACGCGGCGGCAACGCGACGCCCGCAGCGGAGACCGGGGGACGUCCGAGUCGCAACAGCAGCAAGCAGAGCGCUCCUCCUGGUCGUCGCGCGAUUUCCCAAGGCCUGGACAACCCACCCGUCCGGGGGCGCUCUGUGGGAGGGUACGAGGAGGAAUCUCCUCAAAGAAUUCCACACCAGACUACAGAUACAGAUACAGAUACAGAUACAGAUACAGAUGCAGGAUACUGGUGGAGCUCCUCUUGGAUCGUCCUGUGGGGCAGGUCGCCUAGGUCGGUGGAGUAUUUUUGUGUGACUUUUGUCGGAAUUAAUCCGAUUGAGGCAUUUCUGAGGAUGUUGUGUGGCAAGUGCUGCAUGCCUGAUAAAUCGUGGGCUUUUGGGCCAUUGGUUGAGCAAUAACUCGCAUUUUCCCGGACCCGGACCCAGACCCGGACCCGGACCCGGACCCGGAUCGGCCUCAAUUCACGCAUAAAAUCCGCAAUCAAAUGU